UAUAUGAGCACCUACAUGUCAGACAGACAAGACUAGAUAGUGUACCAGUAAAGAGGUUUACAAGGCCCUGACCAUCCCCAGGGGUUUGUAGGCUCAGUCAGUCAGUGUCUUUGAAAGACACAUUCAGCAUGGCACAGCCAGGGAUGAUCUGAGGUCCUCAACACUGCUUUGUAAAGUUUUGAUAUGUGAUGCUGGUAGUGCACAUUGAAUUAGGGUAUACAUUUGUUGCUACAGUACAUGGUUGUAUAUUCACGAGUCAAUGUGUGUUUAACCUCUCUGUCAUAAAUCCAGGGAUUUUCAGGUCUGGGGGGAGCACCAGGACGAGCAGGUCCCCCAGGUGCUCAGGGUCCUCCAGGAAAGUCUGGGCAAGACGUCAGUCCUGGGCCACCUGGUGAUAGGGGCUUCACAGGGAAAGAUGGCUUGGAGGGUCGCCAGGGGCCAGUGGGCAUGUAUGGCUACCCAGGAGCAGUGGGUUUAACUGGGAGACCUGGUCAUUUUGGAGAGAGGGGGGAACCUGGUGUGAGAGGCCCCGCUGGUAUCCCUGGGAAGAGUGGACCACCAGGGUUAAAGGGAUUUCACGGAGAGAGAGGGCCCGCUGGACCUCAGGGUCGUCAAGGAGACUCUGGGCUCAAUGGCAUACAGGGGUCACCAGGUCCUCCAGGCCUACCAGGGCCAGAGGGCAGGACAGGAAAGCCAGGCCCCCCAGGAAGCCAGGGGCCUCUGGGGCCUCAGGUGCCAGCCGGGCCCACCGGGUUUCCAGGCACUCCUGGGAUGGAUGGAGUAAUGGGGCAGAUUGGAGAAAAUGGAUUGCAGGGAGCAGCAGGGCCUGUUGGGGACAGUGGGCCAUCUGGACUGGAUGGACAGCAGGGUCCCCCAGGAACAGUUGGUGAGGAGGGGCCAUCUGGCAGGAAGGGGGAACCGGGAGCUCCAGGUCCCUUUGGAAAACCAGGGCCGAAUGGACUACAGGGAGAGCCAGGGCCACAGGGCUCUCAGGGGCUGCAGGGUGAGCCUGGGCCAAGGGGCAAAGAGGGAGAGAUGGGAGGUUUCGGCAACAGAGGAUAUCCUGGUCCUAAAGGACAAAAGGGGGACAUAGGACCUCGUGGAUUUUCUUGGUCGGAGGGGCCCUCAGGAGCUCUUGGGGACAAUGGGAAAAGAGGAGUGAAGGGAGAGAAGGGCUACGUAGGACUACGAGGCCAGGUGGGGUUGAUGGGGGAAGCUGGACCAUCGGGCUUGUCUGGACUGGAAGGUGUUCCAGGACCUUUUGGAUUGGCUGGGGCUGAUGGACCACAAGGGCAGAAGGGGGACAAAGGCCCUUAUGGUAUGACUGGGAACCCUGGAAACUCAGGCCUUAAGGGGGUGUCAGGCAUCAGAGGAGUGAAUGGUGACAUGGGGAAACAUGGACCAAAGGGAGUGGGGGGAGGCAUGGGGAGACAGGGAGAGAUUGGUCCAAAGGGUUUCCCUGGACUUAAGGGGCCUAAAGACGAGCCUGGAGAUAAAGGAGAACCAGGAGAGCAGGGGCCAGAGGGUCUUCCAGGCGACAGGGGGCCCCAAGCGUCUCCUGGAUUGGAGGGUUUGCCUGGUGAGGUGGGGCCUCAGGGAACUGUUGGCCCACCAGGACCUUUGGGACCAAAAGGUCAAACAGGCCCUGAGGGAAGACUAGGCCAGAAAGGUCAAAAGGGGUAUGAUGGUCGAAAUGGGUAUCCGGGAAAGACCGGACACAUUGGAAGGAGGGGGAAUAGAGGAAAAACUGGAAGCAAAGGCUUAGGUGGAGAGAGAGGAGAAAAGGGAAAGAGGGGAGAUUUUGGUUCAACCGGGCCUCCAGGAAGACAAGGGCCUUACGGGACACCUGGCUUACAAGGAGAGAAAGGUCUAAUGGGUGGACCAGGUAUAGAGGGAGAGAAGGGGAAGAUGGGAUUAACAGGUCCUCCUGGAGGUCAGGGGUUGAAGGGGACACAAGGCCCUUUGGGACAGACAGGGAGGGCUGGCCUAAAAGGAGAACAGGGAGACAUUGGUCCUCAUGGGGAAUGGGGGACCCCAGGUCUACCUGGACUGCCUGGUUUGUUUGGAGAAAAGGGUCUAAAAGGAUUUGCUGGAACAGCAGGUCCUGUUGGAGUGAGAGGGCUGCCUGGCCUCCCUGGACCUCCUGGCCCCCCUGGAACCUCUCUGAAUCUCACUCUGGCACAACUCAAGGCAAGUCGUUGGUAA